GAAAUGAAAUUGAAAAUGAUGCGAGGGGGGCGUGUCUGUGUGCGUGUGUGGGAGGGGAUUUUCUGCUCGCCCCCUCCCUCUGGAGGCGGAGUGGAUGAUCAGGGCUCAGAGCGCACAGAUCUGCGGAGGCGCGCGCACCGACAGCUCUGCGGGGAGAACGAACGCAGUUCACUCUUCUUCUUCUGUGGACGAUGCAGCCGUGAGCGGAACCGGUUGAUUCACGGGGACGGCAGAACACCGCGACUGUUGCUUUUUGUUCAGGGCAACAUGCCACAGACUCCUCCCUUUGUGGGGCAGCUCAACUCUGCUGAUUACAACAAGAACCUGUUCCAGACCAGCGAGGAAAGCUACGCUGGCCUAUGUUACCAUGACAACAAGCUGGUGUCGGGGUCCCUGGAAGCCCUCAUACAGCACCUGGUUCCGACUUUGGACUAUUAUCCUGACAGGACUUUCAUCUUCACCUUCCUGUUGAGUUCCCGUCUCUUCAUUGAUCCACAUGAGCUCAUGUCCAAAGUGUGUCAUCUUUGCAUGGAGCAGCAGCGACUCAGUGAUCCUCAAGCGGACAAGCUGAGACUCAGAAAAAAAACUCCCAAGAUCCUUCAGCUGCUGACAGAGUGGACAGAAACCUUUCCAUACGACUUCCGAGAUGAGAGGAUGAUGCAAAGCCUGAAGGAGCUGCUCCACCGGCUCGUCAGCGGCGACGAGACGUUCAGGAAAGCGGUGAGCCAGAUGAGCCAGGGUCUGAUCAGGAGACUGACGCAGCUCAGCCAAUACGAGGAGACUCUGGCGAAGAUCAACGCCACGGCGGCGGAGCGCCUCACGGCUCUGAAGGCCAAACCGCAGGCGCCGUUACAGAGAGACACGCUGUCCAUCUGCGGUGACCCCUUCACCGUCGCCCAGCAGCUCACUCACAUAGAGAUGGAGAGACUGAGUUACAUCGGACCUGCAGAGCUGGUCCAAGCCUUCGUCCAGAAGGACCCUCUGGACAACGAUGAGAGCUGCUUCAGCGAUCGUAAGAAGGCCUCCAACCUGGGAGCCUACGUGGACUGGUUCAACAGACUCAGCUACCUGGUGGCAACAGAGAUCUGCGUGCCUGUCAAAAAGAAGCAGCGAGCUCGAGUCAUGGAGUUCUUCAUUGAUGUGGCGCGGGAAUGCUUCAACAUCGGCAACUUCAACUCCCUCAUGGCCAUAAUAUCUGGAAUGAACAUGAGCCCCGUGUCUAGACUCAGAAAGACCUGGAGCAAAGUCAAAACAGCCAAGUUCUACAUCCUAGAGCACCAGAUGGACCCUUCAAGCAACUUCUACAACUACAGGACAGCUCUGAGAGGAGCCGUGCAGAGGUCACGGACCGCCCACAGCAGCAGGGAGAAGAUCGUCAUCCCGUUCUUCAGCCUCUUCAUCAAAGACAUCUUCUUCUUCAAUGAGGGGCGUGCCAGCAGGCUGCCGGACGGCUCCGUCAACUUUGAGAAGUUCUGGGAGCUGGCCAAGCAGGUGAGCCAGUUCAUGUCCUGGAAGCAGGUGGAGUGUCCGUUUGAAAAGGACCGCAGGAUCCUGCAGCACCUGCUGACGGCUCCAGUGUUCUCCGAUGACGCGCUGUAUCUGGCGUCAUACGAGAGCGAAGGUCCUGAGAACCACAUGGAAAAGGACAGAUGGAAGUCUCUGAGGUCCACUCUGCUGAGCAGAUGAAGCCCAGAGAAGACACAGAGGUCUGCUCCAUGGCCAGACCCAGAAUCCCCAUUUCACCAGGGAAACCCCCCCCCCCCCCCCCCCCCCCACACACACACACGGCUGGAGGUUUCUACAGAGCUAUUCUUCUCCUGACCACUGCAUCUUUGUGCUGCACGUUUCAGGACAAUCUUUUUCAUCUUUGUAUGACUUUAUAGAGGUUUUGUUAAAAAAGAGAGGCAGGUCUCCUGUUGUAGGCCUCCGGCUCUGAAGUUGACGCCGGUUUGGAACUGGUUUGGAACCGGUUCCUAACCGUUUUUCUGCAGAACUGAGUUAGCUGCUGGUCAGCUAACAGCACGUUUUCAUAGAGAAUCCACACUUCAGCAUGGAGCGCCUCUUUCUUCUGGUUCGUUGUGAGAACCCGUCUUUGCAAAGACCCCCGUCUGUCAGUCUGUUCCUGAAAGGGCUUUUGUGAGGCAGCAGACUGACUGGGGGGGUCUGUUUGCCCCUCCAGCUGCUAGGACCUUCCCUUGUCCCUUGCCUUGUCAGAAUGGCGUGCUGCACUGUCCCUGGUGGCGUCCACAGAGGCGUUCGUGUCGUUUCUGUUGAAACAUUGUGAAUAUGAAAAAUGGUGUCUUUGUUUUGAACAUUGUUUUAUUUAUGAAAACUGUUUAUUUCUAUAGUUUUGUGUCGAUCCGUACCUUUGUCCUAUGAUUUAACCCUUUGUAGGAACACCGUGUGCUCUCACAUUUUUGUGUGACUUUGUUUAGCUCAGAUUGUGACGUUCAGCAUUUUGACGGAUGUCUGCUUUGCCUUGACCCCCCCCCCCCCCCACACACACACACACGCACACACACACACACACUCAGUGGUGUUUAUUGUUAUAUUGUCUUUACUCUGUUUCUAUGCAUUUCCUUUGUGUGUUUGUCAAGAGGAAAAAAUAAACUGUUUAUGAAUAA